ACCAGCGCUGGGCGUCUCCUUUACAUUACAGUGACCGACUCCAUUUUGUGAGAAGGAAGCGUCUUGCACAGACACGAGACAGUCACCGGAGAACAUUUUGAUUUGGAGAAUGAGCGGCUCUCGCAUUUUCAUCGGUCGGUUAAACCCCUCUGCUCGGGAGAAAGACGUCGAGCGGUUCUUCAAGGGGUAUGGCAGAAUAAGAGACAUUGACCUGAAAAGAGGCUUCGGAUUCGUUGAAUUUGAUGAUCCCAGAGAUGCAGAGGAUGCCGUCUAUGAGCUUGAUGGGAAAGAGCUCUGCAAUGAGAGGGUGACCAUUGAACAUGCCCGCGUCCGUCUGCGUGGGGGCCGAGGUCGUGGUGUUAGUGGAGGACGUUUCCCUGGUCGGUAUGCUCGUGGCUCCCAGGACAGCCGAAGGAACCCCCCACCAAUGCGCACUGAGAAUCGCCUCAUUGUGGAAAAUUUGUCAUCCAGAGUCAGCUGGCAGGAUUUAAAGGAUUUCAUGAGACAAGCCGGAGAGGUUACUUUUGCAGAUGCCCAUCGGCCAAAGCUUAAUGAGGGUGUGGUUGAGUUUGCAUCACAUAGUGAUCUACAAAAUGCCCUGGAGAAGUUAUCGGGGAAGGAGAUCAAUGGAAGGAAAAUCAAGCUUGUUGAGGCAGGCAGGAAGAAAUCCAGGACUCGCUCGCGCUCAAACAGCUCAUCCCGUUCUCGUUCCCGAGGGCGCUCCCCAUCACGCUCUCGCAGCCGUUCCCGUUCCCACAGCCCCAAAUCACAGAACCGCUCCAGAAGUCGCUCCCGUUCAGCUAGUACUUCUCCUGUGCGGCCCAAAGAAGCCAAGGGUGUGUCACGUGCUGAAUCAGCAUCACCGCCGACCCCAGCACAGCGCCCCCCACUGUCCCGGUCCCCAUCCACUGACAGUCGUCAUUAGACGCAACUGUUCUUAGUGCUUAGAGAUACUUAUUUGGUCAAACACUGCAAGAGGUUGGUAAAGUUUAGUGCAGCAAUAUUGGUCAGUUUAAGUAGAGAGUCAGCCUCUCUCCAUGACAAGCAGGGGCUCAAUUACUGGUUUAAAGAUAUUUGACUGAUAGAACUUGUCAUCUUAAAUCAGGACUAUACAGCUAUUUAAUGUGGGGGGUUUCUCUUUUCUUUUAUUACAUGUCAGAAAUGAGUACUUUGUGGAUUUUAUUUUUUAUCACUACAGAGUGAGGUUUGAUUGCUGUUUUAUGAAUAAUUUUUUGUAUGUUUUAUUAUGACAGACAAACAAAAAGAGCUUGAUGAAGCUGAUAGUAACGUGCUGGAGUUUAUGGUGAGAGUAGAAUUUCCAGCUUGAGUGUGUAAAUGCAGAUACAAAAUGAGGAAGGCCAGAAUACUUCGAGCCAUUUUAAUUCCAACAAAAUUAAUAAAAUAACCUUGCUCAUACUCUGCAACUGUAUUGCGUCCUCUUGCGUCUUACAAAAAAACAGCUUAUGCGCUUCAUGCUAGCUAACUAUUUGUUCAAGGGUACUGGCAAAUAUUUGUAUUUUUGUUUCUUCAGGAUUGUGUGUGAGAAUUGUUUGUAACGUGGUUGCUUGACACAUAAUCUCACUCCUCGGCUGUUAAAAGUCAAAGUAGUAUCUGAGUUCCCUCCAUGCUGCAUGAGUAAAGAGCUUGUGUAACACAUGCUAAAACAUUUGUGAAAGCCCCUGUAUCAAACAUAAGACUAAUCAUAUAUACAGUAUGUAUUUCAUUUCUGAUUGUGUAUACACAUUUAAAUGUUGACUUUGUUUUGAGUAAAUUGUGCUUUUUUGCACCACA